GUCACGAGCGGUCGUGUGUUUGCAAACUCGUGUAUUUUUCUUUACAAUAGUGUUAUGUGUACGGCACUCGAGGACUGGCCUUAAAGAUUACAUUUUAUCUUCUAAGAUAAAAAUAUAAAAAAGAUAUUUGAUCAAGAAAAACUUUGAAAAAUGACAAGACUGCGGAGAUAUUUUGCCAGUUAAUAGUUAGCAACAAAUGUGUUAAAAAGUAUUAAUCGUUAAGAAAUUAAUUUAAUCAACCAAACACAAUUCAACAUGGCGACUGAAGACGUUCGGAAACGUAGUUCGGUUGCUAACAGUAUAGAAAUGGGCGCUGCUGAGAAAAAGGAAAACGGCGUUGGAAACAUCACACAUGAGAUUUUAGACUACGAACCAACUGGUUGGUUUGAAGUGACUAUGAUGAAGACAGGCAAUUCAUUGGACGGUUUUAUCAAGAAAAACAAUUCCGCCAUGAAGACGAUCACGAUUUUCGUAUUUAAUGGUCUUGUUAUAGGAUUCUUUUUCGCCUGCAUGUAUUAUUGGAUGACUUAUAGUUCUGAUCCACUUGAACUAUGUAACGGAUUUGGAAGUCUCAUUGCAUUUUUGGGCAUAAUCUAUUUCUUCGUCAUAUACUUCUUAGUCGUGAAGAAGUUCUUGGGAGAAUGGUUUGAAAGAACCGUAUGGACGAAAGUGGACAGUGUUUCAUCAUAUUUAUGGAAAAUCAUACUUUUCCGAUGGAUUUUCUGCUUAGCGAUCUUGGCUGCUGUUGCGUUCUUUUUGUACUGGGACACUAAAGACGCGCCUGAAAGAUUAAUUUCGUUGCUCGGAUUAAGUGUUUUGCUAGUCAUGGGGUUCGUAUUCUCAAAGCAUCCUGGUCGAAUAAACUGGCGCAGCGUUAGUAUGGGACUACUGAUACAGUUUCUAUUUGGUGUGAUCUUCAUCAGGUGGGACACGGGCAGGUUUGCGCUGCAGUGCUUCUCAAACAAGGUGGCUACGUUUCUUUCGUACGGCGUGGAAGGCGCUGGAUUCGUAUUUGGCGAUUUACUCGUCAGACAAGAACAAGUCUUUGCCUUUAGUACUCUACCAGUAAUCUUCUUCUUCAGCAUGUUAGUUGAAGUGUUGUUCUUCUGGGGGGCAUUGCAGUGGUUCUGCCUCAAGCUUGGACGUCUUCUGCAAGUAGCUACCGCUACUACCGUAUGUGAAAGCGUCAUUGCAGUCGGAAAUGUGUUUCUUGGAAUGACGGAAUCGAUUCUUCUGAUAAAACCUUAUCUAUCAGUGCUGACAGCAUCCGAGCUUCACGUUGUAAUGUCUUCUGGUUUCGCGACUGUUUCUGGUACUAUCCUGGCUGCGUACAUUGGAUUCGGAGCGGAGCCCACGCAUCUCGUCACAGCCAGCGUUAUGUCAGCUCCCGCCGCAGUCUGCUUCGCCAAGCUGCUCCUCCCCGAGACAAAGCGCUCGCUCACCACCGUGGACAAUAUACAGCCUGUUGAGAUCAAGGAGCAGUCGGCGCUGUCGGCGGCGACGCGCGGCGCGGCGCAGGGCACGGCGCUCGUGCUCAACAUCAUCGCCAACCUCGUCGCCUUCGUGUCCUUCAUCGCCUUCGUGAACGGCGUGCUGGGCUACUGCGGCGGCCUGCUGGGCGAACCCGACAUCAACCUGGAGUGGAUAUUCGGGAAGAUAUUCAUUCCGUUGUCCUGGAUGAUGGGAGUUCCAUGGGAUGAAUGCGAGCUGGUGGGCUCCCUAAUCGGUUUGAAGACGGUUGUAAACGAAUUUGUGGCGUAUCAGAGGAUGGGGGAAAUGAAAGAAGCGGGUUUAUUAUCUCCUCGAGCGGAACUGAUCGCGACUUACGCCCUCUGCGGUUUCACCAAUCCCUCUUCAGCGGGUAUUCUGAUUGGGGCGAUAUCUUCCAUGGCCCCCAACCAAACGGAAACCUUGUCUAGUAUGGCGGUGAGGGCGUUUUUCGCUGGUUGCGGUAUAUGCUUCAUGACGGCGUGUAUAGCGGGAAUCCUAAUGCCAGUUGGAUCAUACGGAUAGAGACUGCGUUGAAGAUAAUGGUUAUCAAGAAACGUUUUCGUAAUCUGAACUUUAUAUGUUUGUGAUAAGAAAUGUCAAAAUUUAAGAUUAUUUUAAUUAUAUUUUAUCGUGACUUUUUAGUGACUGAUAACUGAAAUUAUAGCUGAACUUUCUACGU